AUGGCUGGCUGCAGCCCCGAGGAGAAAACUUACCGGCGUUUCCUCGAGCUCUUCCUGGGAGAGUUCCGCGGACCGUGCGGCGGAGGCGAGCCCGAACCUGAGCCGGAGCCGGAGUCCGAGCCCGAGCCCGAGCCCGAGCCUGAGCCGGCGGCGGCGGCGGUGGCCGAGGGGACUCGGGAGGAGGUGGAGGACGAGGCGGCAGCAGUGGCGGAGCGGGAGCCCGAGCCUGGGGAGGAGGAGGAAGAGGAGGAAGAGGCGGUGGCCGCGGAGGACGAAGAAGGGGACGAGGAGGGCACGGAGGAGGGGGUGGUGGACGAGGUGGGCCCGGGGCAGCCGUCCGGGCCCCCGCCCCCGCCGCCCCAGCAGCAGCAGCCGCCGCCGCCGCCCCUGCCCCCGCUGCCGCGGCCGCUCUCUGAGCGCAUCACCCCGGAGGAGGUGGAGGGCGAGAGCCUGGACCUGUGCCUGCAGCAGCUCUACAAAUAUAAUUGCCCUUCCUUUUUGGCUGCUGCUUUAGCCAGAGCAACAUCAGAUGAAGUCCUUCAGAGUGAUCUUUCUAUGUACUACAUACCAAAGGAAACAGAUGGCUCAGAAGGGACUGUGGAGAUUGAGACAGUGAAAUUGGCACGUUCCGUCUUCAGCAAACUACAUGAGAUUUGCUGCAGUUGGGUGAAGGACUUCCCUCUCCGCAGGAAACCCCAAUUGUAUUAUGAGACAUCAAUCCAUGCCAUCAAAAACAUGCGCAGGAAAAUGGAGGACAAGCAUGUCUGCAUUCCUGAUUUUAAUAUGCUCUUCAAUCUAGAGGACCAAGAAGAACAAGCUUACUUUGCAGUGUUCGAUGGGCACGGCGGAGUAGAUGCUGCCAUUUAUGCCUCUAUCCACCUCCACGUGAAUUUAGUGCGCCAGGAAAUGUUCCCCCAUGACCCCGCUGAGGCGCUGUGCAGGGCCUUCCGGGUGACUGACGAGCGUUUUGUGCAGAAAGCAGCCCGGGAGAGCCUGCGAUGCGGGACCACCGGAGUGGUCACCUUUAUCCGAGGCAACAUGCUCCACGUAGCCUGGCUGGGGGACUCUCAAGUCAUGCUGGUGAGGAAGGGCCAAGCCGUUGAGUUAAUGAAGCCGCACAAGCCGGACAGAGAGGACGAGAAGCAACGAAUCGAGGCCCUCGGAGGCUGUGUGGUCUGGUUUGGUGCCUGGAGAGUAAACGGAAGUCUGUCUGUCUCGAGAGCUAUUGGAGAUGCUGAGCAUAAGCCAUACAUUUGUGGGGAUGCAGACUCUGCCUCCACUGUUUUGGAUGGGUCUGAAGACUACCUCAUUUUAGCUUGUGAUGGCUUCUACGAUACCGUGAACCCCGAUGAGGCAGUGAAGGUGGUGGCCGACCACCUGAAGGAAAAUAAUGGAGACAGCAGCAUGGUUGCCCACAAGUUAGUAGCAUCAGCUCGUGAUGCCGGGUCAAGUGAUAAUAUCACUGUCAUUGUGGUAUUCCUGAGGGAUAUGAACAAAGCUAUAAAUGUUAGUGAGGAAUCAGACUGGACAGAGAACUCUUUUCAAGGAGGUCAAGAAGAUGGCGGGGAUGAUAAGGAAAAUCAUGGAGAAAGCAAACGUCCCUGGCCUCAGCACCAGUGCUCGGCACCCGCAGAUCUAGGGUAUGAUGGGCGAGUGGAUUCAUUCACUGAUAGAACUAGCUUGAGCACAGGGUCCCAAAUCAAUGUGCUUGAAGAUGCAGGCUACCUAGAUCUCACAAAAAUAGAAGGAAGCAAACCUGAGAGUGCCAAAUUUUGGUCACCAGUUGAAAUGUUUGGUCUUACAGUACCAAAGAAAGCAAAUCAUGUUAAUGAUAUAAUAAUGGAGAAAGAAUCAGUCCGGUCUUCAGUGCAUGAACAGCAUGAUGCUGGAGAAUACCCUGCUUAUCUUAACUUGGGUUCAACAGGGCAGCAGAUAUACAGGAUGGAGAGCUUGUCUCCAGUCUUUUCUGGGUUGGAAAAUGAACAGAAAAAUGAACCCCUGGGAAAGCGAGGUUCUAGUUUCUCUCAUUUACGCCACUAUUAUGCAAAGAGACGGCAUGGAUUCAGGCUCAAACCAAAGUUUCAUACGUUUCUCUUUGCUCACGAGCCUUCCCACAAAUCAGGCACAACCAGUCUGACUUCACUUAUUCGAAGUGGGAAUAGAAAUAGGAGGUUGGUAAGAAGUUCUCUGCCAUGGAGACAAAAUAGUUGCAAAAAGUACAGUGAGAUUCUGAUGGGGAUGCUUAGAAACAGUAAUUGUAUACCAUACGCAGAUAUUCCCGGGAGCAGUUAA